GAGAGAGGUGUGCCACUCCCUCCCUCCGUCCUUCCUUCUCUUUUUCUCUACCUGCCUUUUCCUCUUCCUCCGGAGAGAGUGUCCAAACUAGAGCUCCCCAACUCCGACUCUGCUUUUCCCUUCCGAGGCGAAGCGAGGGGAGCGAAGCCAACUCGAGGAACUUGUUCGUCCGCUCCCCUUGGCUCCCUCGACCAGUUUGUGUUUGGAAAGCGGGGUGCAUGACAAAAGGGAAGCCUUGAGGAAGCAUGCGAGCGAGCUGAGCCAAACUCACACCCGGCCGGAGACGGGGAUUCUGCCUGGAGACGCAGAGGGAGCUGCUAACAGGAUGAAUUCAGAAAGGGAUUCAGAAACCACCUUUGAUGAGGAUUCCUCCCAGCCCAACGAUGAAGAGGUGCCAUACAGUGACGAUGAAACGGAGGACGAAUUGGACAUCCAGCCUGCUGUUGAGCCAGAACAGAAUCGCAUCAACAGAGAAGUGGAAGCUACUCGAGAGACACUUAGAAAAGAUUGCAAUUGGCAAGUUAAAGCAAACGACAGAGCCUUCCACGAGCAGCCUCACUUUAUGAAAACAGAAUAUCUGUGCCUUAAGAAAAGUAAAUAUUCAGGGAAUGCAAUUAAAACCUACAAGUAUAAUCCAAUCACCUUCUUGCCAUUGAAUUUAUUUGAGCAGUUUAAAAGGGCAGCCAACUUUUACUUCCUGAUUCUACUUAUUUUACAGACAAUUCCUCAGAUAACUACCCUCGCAUGGUACACAACUCUGAUCCCUUUGCUGUUGGUUCUGGGCAUCACUGCAAUCAAAGAUCUAGUAGAUGAUGUUGCUCGACAUCGGAUGGAUACUGAAAUCAACAACCGGAACUGUGAUGUAAUUAGGGAGGAGAGAUUCAUUAAUGCAAAAUGGAAAGACAUUAAAGUUGGAGAUGUUAUUCGUCUGGGGAAAAAUGCCUUUGUCCCAGCUGAUAUUCUGCUGCUGUCCAGUUCAGAACCUAAUAGCCUUUGUUAUGUAGAGACUGCCGAAUUAGAUGGUGAAACCAACUUAAAGUUCAAAAUGUCACUGGAAGUGACAGACAGAUUUCUUCAAGAAGAAAGUGCCUUGGCAGCCUUUGAUGGCUUAGUUGAAUGUGAAGAACCCAACAACCGACUGGAUAAGUUCACAGGGACGUUGAUAUGGAAAGGAAGGAGCUAUGGACUGGAUGCUGACAAAAUCUUGUUACGUGGCUGUAAAAUCCGGAACACUGAUGUGUGUCAUGGACUUGUCAUAUUUGCAGGAGCAGACACAAAAAUAAUGAAAAACAGCGGAAAAACACGCUUUAAAAGGACUAAAAUUGACUCCCUUAUGAAUUACAUGGUUUAUACAAUCUUCGUUUUGCUCAUCUUGUCUUCUGCUGGCUUGGCUAUUGGACACACAUACUGGGAACAGCAGAUUGGCAAUGCCUCUUGGUAUCUCUAUGAUGGAAAAGAUUAUACACCUUCAUACCGUGGCUUCCUUAACUUUUGGGGCUACAUCAUUGUCCUCAACACCAUGGUUCCCAUAUCCCUCUAUGUGAGUGUUGAGGUGAUCCGUUUAGGACAAAGCUACUUUAUCAACUGGGAUUUGCAGAUGUAUUAUCCACCAAAAGACACACCUGCUAAAGCAAGAACCACCACUUUGAAUGAACAGCUUGGACAGAUCCACUAUAUCUUCUCAGACAAGACAGGCACACUGACCCAGAAUGUUAUGACAUUCAAAAAAUGUUUCAUCAGUGGAGAAACAUAUGGAGACUACAGAGAUAAAACAGGGGAAAUACAGCAUCGUCCUGUGCAAGUUGAUUUCAGCUGGAAUAUGUAUGCUGAUGGAAAGUUAACAUUUCAUGACCAGUAUCUGAUUGAGAAGAUUAAGUUGGGGAAGGAACCUGAAAUUCGGCAGUUCUUCUUCCUGCUUGCACUCUGUCACACUGUGAUGGUGGACAAUACUGAUGGUGAGCUCAACUAUCAGGCUGCUUCACCUGAUGAAGGGGCAUUGGUAACUGCUGCCAGAAACUUUGGUUUUGUAUUUCUUUCACGGACACAAAAUACUAUUACAAUAAGUGAAAUGGGAACUGUAAAAACGUAUGAUGUUCUUGCCAUUCUGGACUUCAACAGUGACAGAAAACGGAUGUCAGUCAUAACAAGAGAACCAAAUGGAGCAAUCAGGCUGUAUUGUAAAGGGGCUGAUACAGUGAUUUAUGAACGGCUACAUCGGAAUGAUCCCCAAAAGCAGACUACAGAACGUGCACUGGAUAUCUUUGCAAGUGAAACCCUUAGGACAUUGUGUCUUUGCUACAAGGACAUCAGCAACGAGGAGUUUGAGGCAUGGAAUAAAAAAUUCAUGGCUGCUAGUGUUGCUUUGAGAAACCGUGAUGAAGCUCUAGACAAAGUGUAUGAAGAAAUUGAACAAAAUUUAAUUCUCUUGGGUGCCACAGCAAUUGAAGACAAGCUACAAGAUGGAGUUCCAGAAACGAUAUCCAAACUGUCAAAGGCAGACAUAAAGAUCUGGGUGUUGACUGGUGACAAAAAAGAAACUGCAGAAAACAUUGGGUUUUCAUGUGAACUUUUGACAGAUGAAACUACUAUCUACUAUGGAGAAAACAUCAGUGCUCUUCUGCAAACAAGGCUGGAAAACCAGAAGAACCUAACUGGAUCUAAUGCAAACACGUCUCAAGGGGGUAAUGAAAACUUUUUCCCACCGGGUGGGAAAAAUGCCCUCAUUAUCACUGGUUCAUGGUUGAAUGAAAUUCUUUUGGAGAAGAAAAAGAAGAAAAGGAAACUCCUGAAACUGAAGUUUCCAAGAACGAUGGAAGAAAAACAAAAGCAUAUGGAGAGUAAAAGAAGAUUAGAGCUAAACAAGGAGCAGCAACAGAGGAACUUUGUGGACUUGGCCUGUGAGUGCAGCGCCGUGAUCUGCUGCCGCGUGACACCAAAGCAAAAGGCCAUGGUGGUGGACCUCGUGAAGAGAUACAAGAAAGCCAUCACUUUGGCCAUUGGAGAUGGUGCUAAUGAUGUAAAUAUGAUCAAAACUGCCCAUAUUGGUGUUGGAAUAAGCGGACAAGAAGGGAUGCAAGCAGUCAUGUCUAGUGAUUAUUCUUUUGGCCAGUUCAGAUACCUCCAAAGGUUGUUGCUUGUUCAUGGACGGUGGUCAUAUAUAAGAAUGUGCAAAUUCCUUCGGUAUUUCUUCUACAAAAACUUUGCAUUUACUUUAGUUCACUUCUGGUACUCCUUCUUCAAUGGUUAUUCAGCUCAGACUGCUUAUGAAGAUUGGUUUAUCACGCUCUACAAUGUACUAUAUUCCAGCCUUCCAGUCAUACUCGUGGGGUUGCUUGACCAGGAUGUGAGUGACAAGCUGAGCAUACGGUUUCCUAGCUUAUAUGUAUUAGGACAGAGAGACUUGCUUUUCAACUACAGGAAGUUCUUCAUCAGCCUCUUCCAUGGAGUUGUAACAUCCCUAAUUAUUUUCUUCAUACCUUAUGGCGCUUAUCUACAAACCAUGGGGGAAGAUGGAGAGGCUCCCUCUGAUUACCAAUCAUUUGCAGUUACCACAGCUUCUUCUCUCAUAAUUGCAGUUAAUUUUCAGAUGGGUCUGGAUACAUCUUACUGGACAUUUGUUAAUGCAUUCUCAAUAUUUGGGAGUAUAGCACUUUACUUUGGCAUUACAUUUGAUCUACACAGUUCUGGGAUACAUGUCCUUUUCCCUUCUGCUUUUCAGUUUACAGGUACUGCUCCAAAUGCUCUCCGGCAGCCAUAUAUCUGGUUGACAAUAAUAUUGUCUGUUGCAAUUUGCUUGCUUCCUGUGGUCGCACUUCGUUUCUUGACCAUGACUAUUUGGCCUACAGAAAGUGAUAAGAUCCAGAAGAACCGCAAGAAGUACAAGGCGGAGGAGGAAACGUGGAGGCGAAGGCCAAGCGUCUUCCGUCGGGGGGUAUCGGGGCGCCGUUCAGCAUAUGCCUUUUCCCACCAGCGUGGUUACGCCGACCUUAUUGCUUCUGGGCGGAUCAUUCGAAGAAGGCGAGCUUCAUUAACUGCAGUCCUUGGCAACAGUUUGGCAGAAGUCAGCCGAGCAGAAGAAGCCAGCUGAUGACUCUCUGUGUCCCAAAGAAAGAAGGAUUUAAAAAAGGAAAAAAUCAAUUGCACAAAUUUUUAUUUUUAUUUUUAAUGAAAGACUCAGGAUUAUUUUUAAAAGACACAUUUAUGCAAGGUUAUGAAGACAAGCUGGUUACCUUUCCCAAGUGACUUGGUUUGGGAUUGUUGAACUGGAAAAACUAAGUGAAAUGUUUAAAUCCUCUGACCUUUGUAUAAAUACCUGUUCUGUGUGAAACUGAAGGAUACAAAAUAAUCCACAGACUUUGGAGCCAUUCGGUUGAAAGGGCUUUGUUUUUAAACGAGUACUUAAAGAUGUUAAUUCUUUUUUUAAAUUGCAGUGGUGAAAUAAAGUUGAAUUAAGUUUUCAUUCCGAGCUUGAAAAAGUUGCUUUUUAAAAGUACAACUCCCAAUGAUCACAAUAGCCAAGGGAUUCUGGGAGUUGUAGUUCAAAAAAGCAAUUUUUGAAGCUCUGAUUUCAUGCCUUGAAACCAAAGAUGAACAGCUGAGAGCAAAACAAUUUUGUGUGCCACUUUGUGCCUUUAAUUUAUUCAAACAUAAUGGCAAUUUUUAGGUAACCAAAGACUUAUAAUUUUUCCUGCUCUUUGUAUAUUAAGUUAGCUGUCUGAUUUUACUUUGUAAGUACCCUGAA